UUCAGCUCUGCUCUAUAGAGCUGCCAAAAAACACUUUUUUGCUCUUUCCUUUGAUUGACAAGACUGAAAGCUUUUGUUUGUCAGAUGUAUGCUGGGGUUUCUAAGCUUCUAAUUCCGCCUUUUCCAGCUUUCGUCAUCAUGCACCGCGGUCUUUCUAAGAGUUGCUGUCUUGCUGCCUUCUUGCGUAAGGUUUAAUUCCCUAUCUAGUAAAAGGGCAAAUGGAAUUGUUAAGUGUGGUGGUUUUGUGCUGACGUGGCUAGCUUUUAUUGGCUGGAAUAUGGUCGUCAAUCACGUGGGACUGGUGUGCUCUCACUGGGAAGUGCAUUUCUUCUUGCCUUGCUUUUGUCCGAGAUAGAAGAAGAAGGACCUUCGAUUUUGCAAAUGAACGUUGCCAUCUCAGUAGCUUUGACGGGUGGUGAUGGUUUGAUUGCUGAUAGGUGUUUGGUGAUGGGCUCAAUGUGGUUGGUAUGGUUUUACGAGAUUGCCCUUCUUUUAAAACCAGAUGCACCGUUGCAUCUUACUGAGUUUCUUCCUUCUCUUUGCGCUUUGGUGAGGAGAAGCUUCAGCUCUGCUCUAUAGAGCUGCCAAAAAACACUUUUUUGCUCUUUCCUUGGAUUGACAAGACUAAAAGCUUUUUGUUUGUCCGAUGUAUGUUGGGGUUUCUAAGCUUCUAAUUCCGCCUUUUCCAGCUUUCGUCAUCAUGCACCACGGUUCUGUCCUCUUCUUUGUUGCUCUACUGUUGGCUGACAAAGGCUUAAGGUUAAGGAUGGCUAACUUGCUGCCGAUGCGAGAUAUCAUGCCUCACAUGAAAAAUUGGAGCUGCAUCGUCACUGUUCAGGAAAAGCAACAUAUAACAAACUCAAUGGGGACACCAACAAGAAAGCAGAAAUUUGUUUUCUACGAUUCAGAGGUCUAUAAAAAAUAUAAAAUAUCCAAUGCUGAGGUCAGAACCAUACCGCCAAAGUUUCAAACAUCUGAACUCACUGUUCAAUGGGAUAUAAGCAGCAGGACUGUCAUUGACGAAAUUGCUGAUGAUGAUGAAGUCAUGCCUGUAAAAUUCUGCUAUUCAAAGUUUACUGACUUAGUUCAAUACAUGGAUGACAAAACUAAAUCAGUGGACGUGCUGGGAGUUGUGAUUGGUGCACUUGAGAAGAAAACUGUUAUCAAAAACUCAAAGCAAUCAGAUGUUCAGAAAUUUGUCCUGCUUAAUGAAGAAUCACAGACGGUGCUCUUGUCUCUAUGGGAUAGUUUUCUGGCUAAUGAGGGACAGGAAAUACUAUCUAAACUUCACAGCUAUCCGGUCAGCAUUGCUCGCAGAGUUAGAGUCAACAACUAUAAUGGGGUCGCACUUGGUACUUGGUUUGAUUCAGUAAUUCUUGUUGAUCCACCUAUACAAGAAGCAAGAGAACUCAAGAACUGGGCAUUGAGAAACACUAAGUUGUUUAAGGAAGUUGCCGAAAAAAAGAACUAUAUUAAAUAUAAUCCACAGCUGUCACUAAAGUCAGAUCAGAAAACUACUUGGAUUUGUAACAUAACUUCGUCACAAAAGGCAGAGUUCUCUUUUGAGCAUAUCUUCCAGAAAUAUUGAUACAUGAGCUGUAAGAAUUGUUGCCGAGCUACAGUAGCAGACUAUCAAGUUGAGUUUACCUGUAACUCGUGCAAAGAGAAACAUCCUGCAGUACCUAGAUGCCGCUUUGAUGUUGAUUUGACCGAUAGCACCGGCGUGAUACCAGCUUCAGUAUUUGGCGAAUUAGCAGAGAACCUACUGACGUUUAGUGCACUGGAAGCAAUGCAGCACUUUAAUGAGAAUGUUGCACUUCCCCUCAAGUUUGUCCACAAGGAGCUCAGAUCAAAGACGUUUCUGGUUCAUAUCAAACCCGUGCAAACGCAGCUGGCAGAUGCAAGGCAGCGCUACACAAUUAUAUACUACUCUGAAAUUAUUGAUGAUGCUGAUUCUCCACAGUUAACAAGUGAAGUGAAAGAUGACCCUCCUUUCCCCAGCAAAGAAUCUGGUACUAUACAGCUCGGAACUCCAGGAGAGAAUAGCGCUCGUUCAAAGGUUUGCGUUCGCCUUUCUGAAAGGUUUGAUGAACCAGAAAGCACUGAAGCUGAAGAGGAUGAAAAUGCAGAAUGCAGCUCUAGCAAAAAGCAAAGAAUCAACUGACUUGUAACUGUUAGGCUUUUUGUCCACGAAAUCUGUAGUUUCUAUCACUGCCAUGCUAUCGUAUAUUUUUGCAAGGUUGCUUAUGCAUUCCUAGAAGGGUCAUUGAUGUAUUAAUGAAAGAUGUCUUUUGUUCAUGGAUACCCCUUAAACUGAUUUUGGUCUGCCAACUUUUACGUUUGCUGAUAACCUGCA